AAUUUACCGAAAUUUCAGUCUAGCGUCAUCGCGAUUCAUUCAGUUCGAAAUUUCGUGCAGUGAUGCACUCUAAAUAAACCACAGUCCGCACAUUCCCGACCCAAUCCUGUCCAGCGUCGUGGGUCUGCGACACAACUGUCAAGUUAACUCAGACAUGCUAGUUAAAUAGUCUCCAAGUGAACACAACGAAAAAACAAAGCCAGUGAGCAAGAAAAGAAAAUUGAACAAAAAAAAAAAAACACAAAUUGCUCAACGAAAACAGAGAAAAUGAACUCACCGAGCGCCAUUGCGGUGAAGGCCCAGAUCCUGGAGAUGACGGGCGAGCACGUGGACCAGCUGCACGCGAUGUGGUCGCAGUUGUUCGAGGCCAAGACCUGCGGCGAGUUCCUCCACCGGCUGAAGGACCAUGCGAACAGCUUCUUCACGGAUCUGCUCAAUGAGUCGCGCGAGAAGCAGCAGGCGAUCCUCAACGAUAUAGCCGCCUUGCGGGCGGAGGCCACCGACUUGACGCGCCUACUCCACGAGCCGCUGGACAUUGGCGAGCGGCCGGAGUCCAUGCCGCUGGUCGUUUGGGAGCUGAAGCUGGACAAGAGCAUCGAGCAUUUGCGCGAGGAGCUGGCCAGGCGGCGAGCGGAGAUCUGUGAGCUGCUGCUGCAGCAGGAACAGCUGUGCGAGGAACUGGGCGAGCUGCCUCAGCCACUGUUGGCCGAUCCACUGCCGCUGCCCGAGGAGAUGGACGCCUUCCGGAAUCGCCUGGGCCAGCUACGCGAUCAGCGAGUGCUGCGCCUCAAGGAGAUGGACCAGCUGCGCCAGGCCAUCAAGCACGACAUGAAGCUGCUGGAGUGCCUGCCACAGACGGACACCGAGGAGCGUCUGCUCAACCAGGUGGAUUACUGCCUAACGCCGGAGACCUUCGAGCUCCUGCGCAACAUGCAAAAUAACUUUGCCGACCAGGUGAAGGAGCUGAGGGAACGCAUCGAUGAUAUGCGCGAGAAGAUCCAUGUGCUGUGGGACAGACUCCAGGAGACGGACGAGUAUGCAAUGCGACGCGUGCGCGAGGCCACGACCUACACCCAACGCACCUACGAUAUCCUGCGGGAGGAACUGCAGCGCUGCCAGGCCCUGCGACGGCAGAAUCUGAAGACCUUCAUCGAGCAGCUGCGCAUCGAGAUCAAGGAGAUGUGGGAUCUCACACUUAAGAGCCAGCAGGAGCGCAAGCGCUUCUCGAACUACUACAACGACUGGUACAACGAAGAUCUGCUGGAGCUGCACGAACUUGAGUUGGACGACCUCAAGACCUUCUACAACAAGAACAAGGAGAUCUUCGAUCUGUACGAAAGCCGUGCCGAACUCUGGGCGCGCAUGGAGGCACUGGAGGCCAAGGCGAGCGAGCCGAAUCGCUUCAACAAUCGCGGCGGCCAGUUGCUCAAGGAGGAGAAGGAGCGCAAGGCCAUCACCUCCAAGCUGCCCAAGAUUGAGCAGCAGAUCACGGAACUGGUUCAGGCAUACGAGGCGAAGGAGAACACACCCUUCCUGGUGAACGGCGAGAACAUCCUGGAGCUGAUGGCCGCCGACUGGGAGCGUCAUCACCAGGCCAAACAGCAGAGCUCGGCGCGCAAGAAGGCCCCACCAUCGGCCAGCAAGAUAAUGCCACCGCCGGCAGCGGGUUCGACGGCUCCACGCACGCCGCGCACACUGCGCAACAUGUCGACCCUCUCGAGCUCCACCAUGUCACUGCGCAAGACGCCGUCGCAGCAGCACCUCCGUCCACUGAACAUCACCAAGAGUACGGGCAAUCUGCACAAGCGCCUGAAUCCGUCCGGCCUGCAGACGGGCCCCAAGACGCCCAACGCCAAGCGCAGCCUUAUGAACACGCUCAACUCGAUGAAGGCGUCGCCAGCCAAGCACCUGCUCGCGCCCAGCCAGCAGCAUAACCAGCUGAAGAGCACCAAGUCGCCGCUGAAGCGCGUGCGCGUACUGGACAACACACUGCGACGCAGCGGCGGAAUGGGCAGGCGCAGCAUUGGAACGCGGUCCAGCAAGAAGGCGCGCACCAAGUCCAACGAUCAGAACGCCCCACCCGACAGCAGUGACUACACAACGGACGAGAAUCCCGAGCAGGGUGUCAGCUAUGACGAAUUCCAGCCGACCAGUCGCUCCUCGAUGCUGCCGCGCCAGCGUCACCAAUUGGCCGUGCCGCGAACUCGUCGUGCGGAGAUGAAUGCCAAUCUGCCGGUGCCGCGGGAGAGCCUGAUGAUCGUGCAGCCGCGCAGACAGUUCUAGUUCCACUGGAGAUUGACCAGCUUAACGCGUACCUACUACACUAUUUCAUAACAGUUGGAGUUUCUUGAUGUAUUUUCAUUUUUUAUUUUCUGUUUUACGUUUUCAGAAUAAAAUUAAUGUGUGUUUUUUCGCUUGACCACAAGA